UCAAGAGCACGGAGACAUUUGCCAAAAAUAAUCUCUCCCCAUCAUCUUACCUGUCGCAUUGAACGGACGUGUUGUGAUUUCACGAGUUAUCUCUUCGAAGGGGGCGGCAAGUGAAAGUGCACUGACACCCGUGCCUUCGGUCCGUACUUUUAUUUGUGAAAAAAAAACGAGCAAUGGCUAGCAAAAUCUGCCAACUAUCACGUGUCGUGCUUCGAGGACAGCAGUUGCUGAAGCGGACGGUUCAAUUAGCCACCGCACAAUCCCAUGCAUUUUCAUCGACCGCCAAGGCUUCUAAAGAUGUUGGUUUCCGCACCGAAUCGGAUACUUUUGGUGAGCUGAAGGUACCGAACGAUAAGUACUAUGGAGCCCAAACCGUUCGCUCGACUAUGAACUUUCCUAUUGGGGGACCUACCGAGAGAAUGCCGCAACCGGUGAUCACCGCUAUGGGCAUUCUUAAGAAGGCGGCCGCCCUUGUCAACAAAGAGUACGGCCUUGAUCCGAAGGUGGCCGAUGCGAUCGCCCUUGCAGCGGAUGAUGUGAUCUCGGGCAAACUGUACGACGAUCAUUUCCCCCUGGUCAUUUGGCAGACCGGUUCCGGCACCCAAUCGAAUAUGAACGUGAACGAGGUCAUCAGUAAUCGGGCGAUCGAACUGAUGGGAGGAACACUUGGUUCUAAAACCCCGGUCCACCCCAAUGACCAUGUCAACAAAUCACAAUCUUCGAACGAUACCUUCCCAACAGCUAUCCACAUCUCGGUAGCUCGCGAACUGACGGGCAAUUUGAAGCCAGCGAUUCAAAUAUUGCAUGAUGCUUUAAAGGCCAAAUCGGAUGAGUUUAAAGAUAUCAUCAAAAUCGGCCGUACUCACACUCAGGAUGCCGUUCCAUUGACACUUGGCCAGGAGUUCAGUGGGUACGUUCAGCAGAUGGAGUUUGCUAUUCAGCGAAUCGAAGCUUGUCUGCCACGUGUUUAUAUGUUGGCUCUCGGUGGGACUGCUGUAGGAACGGGACUGAAUACGCGUAUUGGUUUCGCGGAGAAAUGCGCAGCUAAAAUCUCCGAGUUAACCGGACUGCCUUUUGUCACUGCCCCGAACAAAUUCGAAGCCCUGGCUGCUCGUGAUGCGAUGGUUGAGGUUUCCGGUUGUUUGAACACUAUUGCUGUAAGCUGCAUGAAGAUUGCCAACGAUAUUCGCUUUUUGGGAUCGGGCCCACGCUGUGGAUUGGGUGAGUUGAGUCUGCCGGAAAAUGAACCGGGCAGUUCCAUUAUGCCGGGAAAGGUGAAUCCAACUCAGUGCGAAGCAAUGACAAUGGUGUGCGCACAAGUGAUGGGCAACAAUGUCGCUGUAUCCGUGGGCGGAUCUAACGGUCACUUCGAACUGAACGUAUUCAAACCACUGGUGGUAUCGAACGUACUGAGGUCUAUCAGGUUGCUAUCCGACAGUGCUCGUACAUUUACGAAGAAUUGCGUGGUGGGCAUUCAGGCCAAUCGUGCGAAUAUUGAUAAGAUCAUGAAUGAAUCUCUGAUGCUGGUUACGGCGCUGAACCCCCACAUCGGCUACGACAAAGCAGCUAAGAUUGCUAAGACGGCACACAAGGAGGGAACUACGCUCAAGGAAGCCGCUCUCAAGCUGGGCUAUCUGAACGAACAACAGUUCAACGAGUGGGUUCGCCCGGAGAACAUGUUAGGACCGAAGUAAAUCCAGAGAGACCAAUAGCUCACGCAAGUUUUAUUUUUUUGUAUUAUUUUGUUAUUUAAUAAAAAAAAUGUGCUGUAACAUGUACAGACAGAUUA